CACUCGUCUCCAACCCAAGGCCUCCUCAAGCGACUCAAAAGUCUCACCAUUAUUCUUCUUCUACCUAAAUUCGAGAUCACACGGUUUCCUCACCUCGCCGAAAUUGCAUCGAGAUCACUAGGAGUUUAUCGAGAUCGCAUCGAGUUUUGAUUAAUUUAUUAAAUCUCCAGAGUCAUGUAUUGCAGCGAGGAUCCCCCUCUAAAUCCGAGCCCCAUUGUAAUCCGUGAAGUAUGGGCCCACAACCUGGACGCGGAAUUCGCGCUGAUCCAGAACGUCAUCGACGACUUCCCUUACAUCUCCAUGGACACCGAGUUUCCCGGCCUCGUCUUCCGCCCCCAGCUGGACCCCACCCGCCCCUACGGCAGGCAGCUCCGCCCCUCCGACCACUACAAGGUCCUCAAGUCCAACGUCGACGCGCUCAAUCUCAUUCAGGUGGGCCUCACGCUCUCCGACGCGAGUGGCAAUCUCCCCGACCUCGGCAGCCGCGGCGCCACGCGCUUCAUCUGGGAGUUCAACUUCAGCGACUUCGACGUGGCGCGUGACCCCCACGCUCCGGACUCCAUAGAGCUCCUCCGCCGCCAGGGCAUCGACUUCGACCGCAACCGCGACGAGGGAAUUGACUCGGCGCGGUUCGCGGCGCACAUGAUGACGUCGGGGAUGGUGUGCAACGACGCCGUGAGCUGGGUGACGUUCCACAGCGCGUACGACUUCGGUUACCUGGUGAAGAUCCUCACGCGCCGGAACCUGCCGAGUUGCAUUAAGGAGUUUCUGCAAGUCACCAGGGUGUUUUUCGGGAAUAGGAUUUACGACGUCAAGCACAUGAUGCGGUUCUGCAAGAGUUUGUAUGGGGGGCUGGACCGGGUCGCCAGGACCUUGGAGGUGGACCGGGCGGUCGGCAAGUGCCACCAGGCCGGGUCAGACAGCUUGCUGACGUGGCAUGCGUUUCAGAAGAUGAGGGAUGUGUAUUUUGUAAAUGACGGGCCGGAGCAACACGCCGGAGUGUUGUACGGUCUCGAGGUGUUUUGAUAUUGUACUGUACAAAACAAGAAAGAGAAAUCAUAAUUUGUUCAUUCUAUUUA